AUGGAUAUCACUACCAUCAACAAGCUUCACAGAGAGAAAGAUGAUGUUUCAGAGACUUUGACUACUGCUCAAUCCCAAGCUCCUUCCAGUGACCGUCCCAAGUUUUGGACUAUAUGUACGUUCUGUCUUGUUAGGUACAAAUCUUAUAGAAGCCUUCUCAACAAACCGACUCUAUGUCAAUCUUGCUACAUGAAAUUCUUUGCCAGUGACGCUACGUCCGGGAAAGAAACAAGUCAGAAAACUUUGUCUACGACGGAGAAAAGAGCGUCGAGUCAAAACCACAUUGUUAGGAGCAUUUUGGUUGUAUCGACGCCUAAAAACCAGCUUCAGCCGCAAAAAUCUCAACCUCAGACUGUUCCAUCGAGUUGCCGUCCAAACUUGAUGCAAGAACCGCGGUGUUGUAGAUAA